AUGGCGUCCGCAAAGCCCAAGGUCGUGGACAUCCAUACCCAUAUGUACCCCCCCUCCUACAUCGACAUCCUCACCUCGCGCACCGCCAUCCCCGUCGUCCGCACCUUUCCCCAGGCCGCAGACCCUCGCCUCAUUCUCCUCGACGCCGAGCAGCAGGCCCUUGAUGCCGCACUCCAAGACCCGACGGCCAAGCCGCCUGGCCGACCCUUAACCUCGCACUACGCCUCCCUCGACCAGAAGAUCCACUUCAUGGACACCCAUUCGAUCGACAUAUCCGUCGUGAGCCUCGCCAACCCCUGGCUCGACUUCAUCGAGCCCAAAGAAGCAGCAGCCACGGCCCGCAGCGUCAACGACGAGUUCGAGGCCAUGUGCGCCUCGCAUCCCGGCCGCCUCUUUUUCUUCGCCGCCCUGCCGCUGACGGCGCCGCUGCCCGCGCUGCUCGAGGCCGUGCGCCACGUCGCCGAGCUCGAGCACUGUCGCGGCGUCAUCUUGGGCACGUCAGGCCUCGGCAGCGGCCUUGACGACCCCCAGCUGGUCCCCGUGCUCGAGGCCGUCGCCAACGCGGAGCUGACCGUCUUUCUGCACCCCCACUACGGUCUGCCAAACGACGUCUGGGGCCCGAGAGCCAGCGCCGAGUACGGCCACGUGCUGCCGCUGGCUCUGGGCUUCCCCAUGGAGACGACCAUUGCCGUCGCGAGGAUGUACCUCGCCGGCGUGUUCGACAGGGUCCCGGCACUGCGGAUGCUGCUCGCGCACAGUGGCGGCACGCUACCCUUUCUCGCCGGCCGCAUCGAGAGCUGCAUCGUGCACGAUGGGCAGCUGGUCGGCGAGGGUAAGGUCGACGCCGCGCGGAGGACCAUCUGGGAUGUGUUGCGGGAGCAGAUUUAUCUCGACGCCGUUAUCUACUCCGAGGUCGGGCUCAAGGCUGCCAUUGCGGCUAGUGGUGGGGCGGACAGGUUGCUGUUCGGCACGGAUCACCCCUUUUUCCCGCCCCUGGGCACGGACGAGCAGGGUACGUGGGAGAGCGUCACAUGGAAUGCUGAGGCCGUCAGCAACGCUGUUGGAAAGAGCAGUGAGGAGGCUGACGGAAUUAUGGGAGGGAAUGCAAUCCGGCUCUUGCGCUUGGAGAUAGCUUGA